GAAAGGACACGCAUCGCAAGCGCUGCAUGCAUGUGCAGCGCGCUGGUUUUUCUCCUUGCUCGACAAAAAAUAGCCAGGCUGCAAGAGCAAAGGUUUGGGCAUGGAGUCUUGUUCUCUGGCAGCAACCUAGCUUGGUUAGUACCUAUCGUUACCUGUAGUGCCGCGUUUUUCUUCCCGGUCGACUUCAUUCCGUAUGAAGACAGAUGUUCUCAAGAGCGCUACUACUACUGGCUACAAUCUCCAUUCAAGUUAGUUACAACAGUUGAAAAAAAGGAAACCGGGAACGUCGUCUUGAGUCUUGACCAAGGCAAAAGCUUCAGAUGAGCAACGAUUUCUCCAGAGAAUGUAGCCCUGUAGCGCCUGUGCCUGUGGGCGAUUUUAGCGAGUUAACUUGUAGUUGUAGUUAGUGAGUUAGUGUAGCUUGCGACGAUGUUUGCUGGUGGUACAGACAGCAGCCUGCUAGGCGCUGCCAUGACUGGCGAUGAGGAGGCCGUCAUGAAGUGUUUGCGUAGCCAGAGUGUAAACGUGAACGAACCAUGCGCGGACUGGGGCGGAACGCCGCUCAUGUGCGCUGCGGAGAAACGACACGCUAAAGUGUGUCGAAUGCUGCUAUCGCGCGAUGCCGACUAUUGCAUUCUGGAUACGUUCGGACAGACAUGUUUGCAUCGAGCUGCACAGAGCGGCUUUGACGAUGUUGUUGAGGUGUUACUGGACUUUGCACCCGUAGAUCUGAGAAACGAAGCUGGUCAAACUGCCCUCCACAUAGCUGCUGAAGCGGGAUGUAUGAAUGUCGUCGGUGUGCUGCUGCAGCAUCGUGCCGAGCUGAUGUCUACUGAUAAGAACGGAUGCACGCCGCUGGACCUUGCUCACAAGGAAAAGCGCACUGAGGUGUGCGAGGUGCUGGGGAAGAUCAUCCAGCAGCGAGAAUUUAGCCUGCCGUUGGAGCUGCAGCCGUAUACGCAAGAGAUCCUGGCUGCGUACCGCCAUGCGCUGUACCAGGGCCGAAAGCGACUCCUGCGGCAGCGCAUCAUCAUCAUUGGUGACCAGGACUCGGGCAAGCACCACCUCUGGUCGGCCUUGCUGGGCGAACAGGAAGAAAUCGAGCAGCCGAAAAUGGCCGACAAGCCCUACUUCAUUGAUGACAUGGUGUACCACCUCAAGAAAGGACAGUUCACCAACUGGGCCGCAAACAGCUGCGGGCACCGUAAAGCAACGCAGAGAAUCUAUGAACAGCACGACCAGGAAGUUGCUCGGUUGCUACUGUUGGAUAUCCUGCGCUCACCACUCGGCAAAGUGGCCAGCAAUCGACUCGCACACGAUCGCAUGCAGCAGCUUGUGGAUAAGUUGGUGCGUGAGGUUAAGGACCGCAAAUUCCAUGAAUCCGUAUCGCUCGUGGACUCCUUGUCUGUGUCCCAGCGCCUGCAGCAACAGCAGCAGCCAUUGCGUAACAUAACCAUAUCAACGGUGUCUGAAGGAGAGCACUGUUCUAAUGAUCCCAGUGGUCGUGCCGGGCUAAGUACCUCGUUCCGGGACACGGACAGGAGAAAACAGCAACCCGGCUCGCAAAGUCACCGCCCACAGCCGCCUGCAUCUCCCGCUGCUGUCAGUGCAAACGUGAGUGACGGAGAUGAUGACUUCUUGGACAUGUCUCUUAGUGAUGCCAUGCCCGAAAGCAUUAUACAAAACGUCACUGUCCUUUGGCGGAAGGUACUGAAGGAAGGGGUCAGUGUUCUUGCUGAUGCCGAGCCCGAUCUCACUGAAAUCCACAUCAGCAAGGUUGGCGGCUCACACCGCCUGUGGAACAUCGUCUCGCCAUUCCUCUCUCACACGGCACUAUAUCUUGCCACAUACAACCUCGCAGGGGAGAAGAAGGAGGGAGAUUCGCUGUCAGCUGACUCGCAGGCACCUGCUGUGCUUGCUGCGGGCGCACUGAGCGAGCAGGAGAGAACCCUGCGCUCACAGCUCCUGACCAUCGUCAGCCAGCAGCCGCCUCACAACUACAUCCACUGCAGCUGGGAAGGUCAGGAGCAGCCCAUGCCAACUUUCAUUGUGUGUGGCAUUCAACCGGCAAUGGUGAACACCGGCGGCAAACAGCAAGCAGUAACGCUGCUGCCACUGAUGGAGAAGAUCCGUGAUUCGGCCGUGGGACCGCAUGAGGCGGGAGCGUCCACGGGCGGCACAAGCUUUCACCUGCAGCCGCCUGGCCAUGACGAGCUCUGUCCUUCCAUCUGCUUCCUGCGGCGGGAGAUAGAUCUGACCGCGCGUCUCCUGCUGAGCCAGAAGGGUAACAACUCCAUGAUACCACUUGCCUGGCUCAAGCUCGAGGAUAGCUUUCACAGUAUCCGCAACACUGGCUGUUAUUUCAUGUCAGUGGAGGGCGAGUGCCUGGAGAUGGCCAGGGCAGUAACAAGCAAUGUCAUUCACCAAGUGUUUGACCUGUCCAGUGCCUUGACCUACUUCCACAGCAUGGGUUGGAUUGCCUACUUUCCCCAGGUCCCCUGCCUCGCAAACACCAUUUUCCUGGACCCGCCGUUCUUGAUCAACUUGCUCGCCAAAGUACUGGGCACAUUGGCCGAGGCAUCGCCUUCCAAGCUUGUCGAGCAUGUUGUUACGCUGCACGAGAUGGGUCGAAUGGAGCAGGUGCUGCUUACUCACUACGGCCCGUACUUUGAGCAGUAUUCCCAGCUUGGGAAUGGCACCUCGCUCCUGGAGGACUUCGAUCUGGCUGCCAGCUAUGAGCUGGGCGGUGAAGUUGUCACGUACGUGCCGGGUGCCGUGACCAACGAUGACAAACACAGGACGACAUCGUUGUCGGAUGACGAUACCACCGUACCGCCUCUUCACCUGGUCUUCCCGGAUAGUCUUCCUGUGUUCGGCUUUUUCCAGCGCUUCCUGGUGCACGUGAUGCGCAAGUGGAAGCCUCACUGUGCCGCCCUGUCCACCGAGAGUGCACAGUUCUGGAUUGACAGCGGCGACUGGCAGCUCACCAUACAGGAAACCGGCAGCGGCAGUAUUUCCAUCUUUGUGUGCGAUGCACUGCAGCAACAGGCUGCGGACCCACCACCCAGCUAUCAGGCUUCGGAGGGCGUAACGAGCGAUGUUGCAGACCUGAAUGCCAGUGUAGAGGUGAACAGCCUGGAAGCCAGCCUCUCAUCGGUGGAGGAUCGUGACAAGCUUGCCGGUGAGAAGAGAGGUGAGUUCCGCAAGAGCUCUGUGUGCACUUCCCUGCAGCUUGCCAAGCUGUGUAACGACGUGCUGGACUUCGUCCUAGACUGCACAUCUACUCUGCGUGAUCACUGGUUCCAGAGCCUGGAGAUCAGGACCUGCUUUGAGGCUGCCGAGGUUGGCUAUGUGCCGAAAGCAACCAUGACGACGCCUGGUGCCGCGGAACCUGUGCCCGAUGCCGUCGUCGAGGAGCGUUUCGUAGACUGCAUCGAGUGUACUGGCCUGCAGAGCACCUGGUGUUGGCUCAGCGGGCCGGCAGCUAAUAAACUGCAGUCAACAUGCACAGAGGAUAGUGCAACAUGACUCUGCUAGGCCUGUCACUGUCCUUACAAUGCCAGCAAUGGUAUAUCCACCUUGACUGGAGGUGCUUCCUCAGGUACUGUACUCACAAUCUGAUGCAGCCGUCAGCAAUCGGCGGCCGUCUACCUACAUAUUCUGUACCACUGAGUUGCAAGAGUGAGAGUGCAUGAUUACGCUUACUAGUAAAAACUGUGUGUUAAGUUGAUUUGCCGAGCUUUUCUCUCUUGAAUCUUUCCAGCGAAGUAAGCUGCAACUGCAUAGGCAGCAGUUGGCAACUUUCUGCGCACUGCACAUGGUUCCAUGCAGCUUGCAGCACAUGUUUCAGAGAAUAUUGGCGGGCCAAUGGCGCACCUCAGUUUUCUGAGUCCGACUAGGAAGCGUGUGUCGGUCAUAUUAGUAGGUGUCUAUAUCUUCACAAUCAAUUUUUUCUUAUUUUUAUGACAAGUUUCGUGGAGAGAAAUGUAAAUUUGAGAUUCUUGUGUACUCGCAAUUUUUUUCCUCACGAUCAGUGUUUGAUUGGUUUUCUCAAUCAAAGAGUUUCAAUUCAGAUUUUUGAGCAUUAAUUUUGGCUUUGAAGUGGACAUGCACCUUGAAUCAGUAUUCAACGAAUUUUUUCUAUGAUUGUUCAGUUUUACAAAGUUGCAGCUAUUAAAAGGGAGUUUUCUCUGAUCGA